GGAACUCGGAUGCGAAGGAGGGGGCGCUUCCGGUGCGGGCAGCGCCGUUCCCUUAGCCAAGAUGGCGGCGCCCGUGUCGGUGCAAUUGGAGUUCGGAGGAGGAGCAGAGCUGCUGUUUGAUGGGAUAAGAAAGCAUCAAGUGGUUUUACCCAGCCAGCGUGAACCAUGGGACGUUCGCAACCUGCUGGUGUGGAUCAAAGAGAAUUUGCUGAAAGAAAGGCCAGAGUUAUUUGUCCAGGGAGACUCUGUCCGGCCAGGAAUCCUGGUGCUUAUCAAUGACGCAGACUGGGAACUGAUGGGGGAGCUGGACUAUCAACUCCAGGACCAAGAUAAUGUGGUUUUCAUCUCCACCUUACAUGGUGGUUAGCUGGCUGGAAAAAUGUCGAAACAAAACCAUCCCCGGGCCAGAAAUUCCCCUCUCCACUCCCUCUGCCAGCAUGCAAGAUCCCGUUUCCUCCUAGAGGCCGCCUUUUAAAAAGCCUGCCUGAGCUCCAAUGAAAGAGGGGCUUGCCUUUUUGCCUCUGAUCCGAGUCAGUUAUGGCCUUUUCACAGCCGUACGCCGGAAGACUGCGGUUGUCUGCCUGAGCCGUAUCGGGCGAUCUGGGUUCGAUUCGCUAGGCGAGCGUUUCGGUUGUGUGGCGUGACGCUUUGAACAGUAGUCCCCCUCGAGCUGUCUUGUGAACGGCGACGCUGAAUUUGUGACUGCUAGGAACUCGCUUGUUUCUUACCUUGUGCGUCUUUUAGAUUCGGGCAGCACAACCGGGCCCAUUUCUCGUGCUACGGUGGACUUUUGCUUCUUCCCCCGUUUAAGAUCAUUUUUCUCUGUGCGGAAGCUGCUCUCUUGCCAAAGAUUUUGUAACACCGUUGGGUAUGGAUGAAAGGGACUGGAUCGAGUGUGAUGCCGCGAACCAAGUAUUGCAUUCAGAGUUGGGAGAUGUGGAUUCAAGUUCUGCCUCAGCCAUGGGAUUUUAGCUGAGUGCUCAUGAGCAAAUUUCUCAAUGCAAGGGGAUUUGUAGGGACCCACCUUUCAGGCUGGUUGUGAAAGAUCUGCAAUAAAGAUUGUAAAAUGGUUUUGACAUUGAAAAGUGCCAUAUGGGUCCUUGAUUAAAAAAAAUACUGCCACUGUUUUGUGAUGCAUCACGAUCUGGAUUGUGUAGGCCAGCAUCUGGGCCAAGAGGCAUCUUUUAGAACAUAAGAACAGCCCUGCUGGAUCCUGAUCCCAAGACCUGUCUAGUCCAGCAUCCUCUUUCCCACACUGGCCCACCAGAUACCUCUGGGGAGCCCACAGGGCAAGAGCUGAGGGCAUGCCCUCUCUCCUGCUGUUGCUCCCCUGCAACUGGGAUUCAGAGGCAUCUUGCCUCUGAGGCUGGAGGUGGCUUAUAGCCCUCCGACUAGUAGCCAUUGAUAGCCCUGUCCUCCAUGAAUAUAUCUAACCCCCUCUUAAAGCCAUCCAGGUUGUUGGCUUUCACCGCAUCUGGUGGCAGAGAGUUCCACAAGUUGCUUAUCCAUUGUGUGAAAAAGUACUUCCUUUUGGUCAGUCCUAAAACCACCACUUUUAAAGUGGCGACUCUUACUUAGCAGAGAGAGAUCACUUGGCCGUGAUCUCUCCUCCCAGCAGAACCCUCCCUCCCUGUGGCUGUCGCUGGUGUCUCCCUAGUGUUAUGGCAUCGAUUGUGGGCGUGGGGACCAUGAUCUCAUUCCUUUUGCUCUGUAAACUGCUUCGAGAUGUUGCUGUUGAAAAGCAAUAGCUAAAUAUUGCUACUAAUAGUAGCCACCUAAUGGCGCAGCGGGGAAGUAACCUGCCUGGAGAGCAGGAGGCUGUUGGUUCGAAUCCCCACUGGCGUGUUUCCCAGAAUAUGGGAAACUUCUAUAUCGGGCAGCAGGGAUAUAGGAAUGUGCUGAAAGGCAUCAUCUCAUACUGCGUGGGAGAUGGCAACGGUCAACCCCUCCUGUAUUCUACCAAGAAAACCACAGGGCUCUGUGGUCGCCAGGAGUCUACACCGACUCGAUGACACAACCAACUAAUAACAGUAACCCAUUUACACAGCUAGAGGUAAGAGCUUCCAGAUGAGACACUGAUAUUGACAACUUUGUUUUUCCUCCCUUGCUUCCCCUUAUGCCUGGAACUGCCUCCCCAGCCUCCUCCAGAAUUCCCCCUCACCUGCUUCCUUCAAAUCCUUCCACAAAAAUCCGUCUCAUCCUUUGGCACAGCCCCGUACCUCACUAUAGCUAAGCCCCCAUCCCUGGAUCUGAAAUGAAUAUAUCUUCAAUUCCUCUUUGCCCCUGCUUCCCUCUCUUUCAUCCAUCCAUUUCCCUUUCUUCCAUCUUCCUUGUAUCACUCUUUAGAUUGGGAACUCUUUGGGGUUGAGUUCUCUUUGAGAACUCUUUGAGCCUGCCUAGGAAAUGUGUGUGCCCUUAAAACCAAAGGGUGGGGAAAUAUCCAAAACAAGAUCAUAUCGCAACGCUGCGAGCCAGCUUUCAGGUUCUCCAGUUUGCUUCCUCUGUCUGGAUGUCAAGCAAAACAUGGACCAUUCUGCACAUGCUCUUUUGUACUCUGCACGUUCCUGGCCUCAACAUUCAGAACAUGGUUCAAGAGUCAAGGUGCAAGCAAAGUGCUAUUUUCCCCCUCCCACCCACCCCCAUAGCCAGUUUUGACAGCCCUUUAAAAAAAUAAAAUCAAAUUCCAAGAGGGGAAAGAGAGAAAAUGUUGUGUAGUGGUUAGAGUGCCUGGUUAGGGCUGUGGAGACCUGGGUUCGAAUCCUAGAUUGUUUUGUGCUGAUCGCCUGAUUCAGACAUGCUGUACAAGUGUACAGACAUCUGUACACUCGUACGUGUGUUUCUGUGAAUGACUAUACCUGUGUUCAUUUUAAAAAGAACCUGGAUACAGGCCCAUCAAACGCAUGAUACAGAUAGGAAGGAUACUGCUGUACCUGCGUCCAAUGUAACGUGAAUGACUGUACCUGUGUACAGAUCCGUACCUGUGUACACGUGUAUGAGUGUUGAACAAAACAUGUGAAUGGGCCUUAUGAGAUUUGAUGUUUUGGGCUGCCUUGAGCACAUGUGAAAAGGCCGGAUAAAAUAAAUAGAAUUCCCGCUUGGCCGUGAAACUCACAGGAUGACCUGGUGUUGUCUCUAAAGUCCCUUUUUAACAGCAUACCCCAGUUGUCCUGAGCAGUUCUAUCUGGAAUUACUUUUGACAGACCAAUGGGAUGUAGUAUCUUAUAACGUGGCGAAGUGUUGUUUCCUGGCUAACAAGAUUAGGAUAAGAAAUGUUGAGAAGCCAGAUAUGGGGUUGGAUUGAAUUAAAUUUUAGAUGAUUAUAAUGCAUGGAGCCCUCUGUUUUAUGUAAUGGAUAAACUUGGGUGUUACGGUUCUGUUUGAUGGUUUAAUAGUUUAUUACUUAUUUGACCAAGUUCGCUUUUAUGUCCAAGCUUGCUUUUAUGUAAAGCUUUUGUACUUAGUGUUUUGCUGGUCGAAUGACCGUAACAAUAAAGAUUUGAUUUGAUUUGA